UCCUACGUGGACCGACUCAACGCGAACGCGAUUGCGAAACGAUCCGAUGCGAUUUAACGCGGUGCGGAGCGACGCGGCUACUCUGUCCUGUCUGCGCGCGAACCGUCCCCUCCGCGCCCUCCGCCGCCGUUGAGUUCAGUUUAGCAUUUAGGUUAGGUUAGGGUAACAUUUGUCAUGGACGGACGGAAGCUUAUGUUGUUGGAAAAUUCAUAUCUUAAAUAUGAGAUAUUGAAGAAGUGUAUAAAGCAGAGAAGUGGAACUAAUACUGUGUACUUAGAAAGGCAUAGUCAUGGGGAAUUUCAUAAUUUGUACCAGGAUUUACGUACUCAACCCCUGUUGUUCAAGGAAUAUUGUCGAAUGUUACCUACUACGUUUGACUAUAUUGUACAAGCCUUAAACCUGUUCUGCAAUUUACUACAACAAAUUUUCAGGAACCUAUUUCUGUAGAAGAACGACUUAUGGUGACUUUGAGGUAUUUGGCCACAGGUAUACAAUUUCGGCAACUCGCUUUCUCGUUCAGAAUUUCAAAAUCUGCUAUUUCUACAAUCGUACCACAAGUUUGCAAAGCUAUAUGGACUCAAUUAGUUAGGAAACACAUGCCCGAACCUUCAGAAGAUAGCUUUAAAAACAUAGCGCAAUGUUUUUGGGACAGAUGGCAGUU